GGGGGUUCUGUGCUGUCACACAAAGGUUCCGUUUGUCAAAAUCUAAUAUUAACCGUGCUUUACAAGUGCCAAACAUGUGCCACGUGGAGAAAUAUGUGACAAUGAUACAAUGUUAACAAUAAUUCCCUGCGUGACACAGGAUAUCAUGAAGUUGAAUUUGUCUGCUCCUCCCAAACUUUGCAAACGAUUGCAGCUUUCCUCGUCACACAGAUAGUUGUGAUUGCUGCUGGGGGAAGAGAGCGGUUGGGUACUGUUACCUUCUCAGCAAAAUUAUGCACGUUUAAGUCAUGUAAGAAGCUCUGUAAUGUCAAAAGAACAGGAUAAAGAUACCUUCUCGCUCAAAAGAAACCGAGGUAGAGAUGGUGGGCUUGAUGAUCUAGGAGGGCCGGGUGUUCUGCUGGAUAGCCCAGACAAGAAAAAGUGCAAGUUGAACGCACAGGCUCAUUUCUUCGCUCCCCUAUCUGAGUAUGCUCCACCACCAAACCGAAGUGCUGACCACCUAGUGGCUACCAAUCCUUUUGAUGACAACUACAACACACCAUCUUUCAAGCCUCUGUCUUCUGGGAACCCAUAUUUUGGCCACCCGCACUACCCUGGCUGCAGUGGCUAUGGCCUGCCCAGGAUGGACCACCUCAUGCCCAAUAGGAUGCCCUCUUCUUACAGGGGUCCCUACCAGAUACGAAACCAGCUCCACCCUUUUGCCCAGACUCAAAUGGGCAUGGGGUUCAAUCGACCCCCUGACUUUAACUAUGGUUACCAUGAAAAUCCCAAUUAUGGUAACCAUCCACCAUUAAGCAACAACAGUAACAUGCCACUUCCACCCAAUCAGCCUUUAAGACCAGGUCCCCAUGACAACUUGAAUCAGGUGCAUCUGCAUAAUGUGACCCAAAGCAUGGGCCUGAGCUUUAGAUCAGCAGUCAAUCCAAUUGGGAAUCCACCUCCCCAACCCGGCAUGGACCCUAGUCCUGGUUUUACUCGGCAACAGCAAAACAACAGCUUUACCCAGUCCAAUACACCGACACCUAAACAGGACAUGAGUGAGGUGGUGUCAAGCAAAAGUACAUCCCAGAACACAUCUCCACAGAAACGAAGCCAUGGCUCAGAGGAGAUCAUGGGUCAGAAAAACUCUGUCGACCUGAAAUCAAAGAAUAGAGGCACCCUGGUCUGUCAGGGUGCAGGUCAGCCUAACACCACAGAGAAAAUCAACGGCAUCAUCCACCCCAAUAAUGAUUCCCUGAAGAAGUCCCCACAGUCAGGCAGGCACAUAGAGGCAGCCCCCCUGGAGCGGAGUAGAAGCAAUGGAGGUGGUGGUGUGGCCAUCAAUAAGACAUUGAUGCAUCCCAACAGGCCUAGCCACUCCUCAACGGAGCCUGUGUUUCCAUGUGGAGUAUGCCUGAAUGAAGUGAAUGAUGACCAGGAAGCUAUCCUGUGUGAGGCCUCAUGUCAAAAAUGGUUCCACAGGGUUUGUACUGGAAUGACUGAGACAGCUUAUAACCUGUUGACAGCAGAGGUGUCGGCAGUGUGGGGCUGUGACAUCUGCAUGGAGGAGAAAGGGGCACGGCUCCAUAGAACAAAGGAGGUAACAGGGCAGCCAGCAGGGCAGCAGCCAACAGUUAACAGCGAGUGAUAUGGUCAUGAAUAUGGGCCGUCAGUAACAUUAUUCUUACACUGGUAAUUUUCUUUGGUAUGCUACCUUUGUAGGUGAUUUUUCCUUCCGUUUUUACAAAGUGUUAAAUUUUUACAAUUUUGUUGUUUUAUUUGACAUUUGGUAUAAUUUGGAUAGCAGUUUCUGUCCCGUGCUUAGACCAAUGCAAAAGCUAUACUGAAGUUCUGUUUAAUGUCAUAUGUAUUCCCUAUUAUUGGGCAGGUACCAUUGGCCAUGUUGACCACAAUAAUGCCAUUCUCUUAACGAGGUCCUUACUGUUCCUCUCAACUUUCCUGGCCUAUAGUUUAUUUAAGCUAUUACAACAUCAGUAUGAGUAAGCUAUCUGGAAAGGUUAACUGAUUGACGGACGCAAACGUAUUCAACGUUUUAAUCCAAUAUGUUUUGCAACUGCUGUUAUAGUUUGACAGAUUUUGAGCAGUAUGAUUGUUUCCCAAAAACUUGGUAGUCACAGCUGGAGUGGUGUUCCAAAGCCAUACUCCUGAACUGUAUGCUAUACAACCAGAUUCAGAUCUGAUACAUUUUUUAGAAAUGAUUCGAUACAUGUGGGUCGUUCCACAAAUUUGAUGCCUUUUGAGAUGUAUAAAAAAAAUGUUUGACAGUAACAGGGUUGAAGAUGUCAUCUUAAAAUCAGCCAUAAAUUCCCUCGUGACAGGGGAAAUGGAUGUUGUGUGUGCAACAGUGAGGGGCAAUUGAAUGCAAGCUUUAAAAAAACGUAUAAAUGUUCAAACAUUUUUAGCCUGUCUAAUCUAUCUAUGGGUAAACAGGGUUGACGUGUUGUGCUCGACCCACUCGGUUUCCCACCACAAAACACCAGACAAUGGCCAAAAAGAGUAGAACCAGCUCACCUGCUUUUACACAAGGAUUUGGCUAUUAGAUGUUCAAUAUUUAUUUUGUAAAAUAUAUAUUUUUUAAAGGAAUUGUUUCACAAUAUUAAAACAAAAGUUCAGUUCACGUAACAGGGUUGACCUUAAAAUGAAGGCCAGGGUUUUUUUUAACCUUAAAAAUAAUCACCAAUCACAUUAAAUAAAUAAUCUUCAGAAAUGACUGUCAAAGCAACAAAAUAACUAGGGGUUUACAACUUGGAUAAAUCUUAAGGUUUAGUGGGUUAAUAUCUCCCUGGAAGUCAGAGAGUGCAUGGAGGAACAUGUCUAAAUUGUGGCACUUUAGCAAGUCUUUAUUCAUAUUAAAAAUCUGAUUUGUUGAAUUCUCCAUGUGGUUUAUAUUAAAGGGCACUUUGAAUAUAACAGGCUUUUAAAAUUCAAUAUUGGUGCACAAUUUCUAAUUAAAAUAUCAAAAGGAUGCAAAAGGCACUAAUUUCGUGGAACAAUCCAUGUGUGUUUUUCAAACUGUUGAUAUUGAAUGUAUUUAGAGCCUUAAUGAAUUUAGUUUGUAAAACAUUAUGAAGAAUCAAAUCAAAUGUAUUUAUAUAGCCCUUUGUACAUCAGCUGAUAUCUCAAAGUGCUGUACAGAAACCAAGCCUAAAACCCCAAACAGCAAGCAAUGCAGGUGUAG